GGUGUUGCAAUAAAAAGGCGAGGGAAUAGCAAACAGGAUAAACAGGAGAGUUAGAGAGAUAGAGCUCCAAAAUUUUCAUUCAUGGCUGCCUCAACAUCACUCUCUUUCUUACAUUCCACUUUAAGUUGUUCUUCUUCCGCACAACAACUUUAUCUGCCCUCAAAUUUUGUUACUUUACGCCCUCAAAUCCUUCCAUUCAUCCAAGCCAAAGCACAUACUCGCCGCCAAGACCGUACUGCCCGCCAUAUUCGCAUUCGGAAGAAGGUGGAAGGGACACCAGAGAGGCCUAGACUAUGUGUUUUCCGCUCCAACAAGCAUCUUUAUGUGCAAGUGAUUGAUGAUACUAAAAUGCACACUCUCGCUGCAGCUUCUACUAUGCAGAAAGCUAUCUCGGAGGAAAUUAGCUACUCGUCAGGCCCCACAGUUGAAGUGGCAAAGAAGGUAGGUGAAAUGAUUGCCAAAAGUUGCUUGGAGAAAGGUAUAACAAAAGUGGCCUUUGACCGAGGUGGUUACCCCUACCACGGACGUGUUCAAGCCCUUGCUGAUGCAGCUCGAGAACAUGGCCUUCAAUUCUGAACGUAAUUGAACUAGAUUUCCCAUUUAGCGAUAAUGUUUUUCCAGUCUGUUUAGUUCAGUUGUUAAGAAGUCAUAAUUGUGUUGAAAACAAAAUACAAGUUUUUUUGUACACAAUUUGUUUCUAGAAUUUAUUGUCUUUAUGAGAAAACUUUUCUUUUGCA